ACUGCACCUCCGCAGUAUUACAUCCCCCACAAUCCUUAGCGGUAUAAUAAACGAGAUGCGUGCCUUGACCGAGCUUGGUGAGCGCGGAGUAGUAUUAACAGCCUGCUGCAGUCAACUGUUAGGGAAAGAUCGUUCGUGAAAGGUGCUGGGAGUCAGUUUCUUUAUAGACAUGAAGAAUUAUCAUGUUCCAACCUUUUAAUGGAAUGGAAGAUUUUCAAAUAGGUGAUGGUUCGCAUUAUAGAUACACUGAAGAACUAUGAAGUGGUUUUGUGUAAUACUGAGGAGAAAAAUACAAUGUAAUGUCUGGGCAUACUCAACACUGGUUCCAAAUGAAGAAAAACAAGUUCCGUAUUACUGCAUCUAUGGCCAUAGACGGUUGUCGGAUUACAAGCCUAAAAAAAUGAAAGACUUUUACAUGCUACUUAAACUUCAGGAAGGCUGCUCUUUGGAUGAUGUUAGAAAUUCAUACCUAGAGCUUGCCAAGAAAUACCACCCAGACAGUGGUUCAUUUACAGCAGAUUCUGGACUUUUUGUGCAGAUUGAUGAAGCAUACAGAGUGGUACUUAAUGAUAUGGCUGAGAAAAUUAAAUCAAAAGAAAAAGACGAGGAGGAAGAAGACAAAUUGAAGUCUGUAACACUUCAUCACAGACAUUAUUUAAGUUUUGAAGGCAUUGGUUUUGGUACACCGAGUCAAAGAGAAAGACAGUAUAUGCAGUUUAGAGUUGAUCAGGCUUCUGAACAGGUCAUGGAAUACCGCAAACGGAAAAUAGAGAGCCAGUCUGCUACAAGCAGUGAAAUGUUAGCAAAAGAUGUAAGGCAAAGUAAGAAAGUAAAAAUCACCCAAGCGAUUGAACGAUUGGUUGAAGACCUCAUUCAGGAAUCAAUGGCAAAAGGAGACUUUGAUAACCUUAGCGGUAGAGGAAAGCCUUUGCGAAAAUUUUCAGACUGUCCACAUAUAGAUCCCAUGACUCACAAUUUGAACCGUAUUCUGAUAGACAAUGGAUACCAACCAGAAUGGAUUCUAAUGCAGAAAGAAAUACGGGAAACAAUUGAAAAACUGAGGAAGGAUUUGAUUGCUUCCAGGAAUAAAUUGGGAGAGCCAAUGACACUGGAUAAAACAAAACACUGGAAUGAGGUCUGUGAACAGUUUACAGAAAAUAUCAAGGAAUUAAACAGAAGAAUUAAUGAUUUCAAUUUAAUUGUCCCUAUUCUCAGCAGACAGAUGGUGCAUUUUAAUACCAACAAAGAAAUUGCACGUGCAGUGGAACUCUGCGAAACCCUGAUGAAAAAAACAAGGGCUGAAGAAAACACAAAGGGAAUAGAACAUGAACAUAGCAGAGAAUUUGAUCUUAAGACCAGCUUUUUAAAAUGGAUUAAUAUUAUUUUGAAGUAAAAUCGAGAUUCUAAACAUUUGGUUUCAUGGAGACUCAUAUCACUUCCACAAACCAUUCUGUUUUCUGAUACAAGCUAUAUAUCUGUCAUGGAACUGUACAAACAAAACAACACAUUUCUACCAGUAAAGUCUUGGGUUUGUCAAAUUUCCUUCAUUUUCAUGCAUGUCAAAUUAGAUUUAAAAAGAGAUUGUUGGAGUUAUAUUUAAAAUAUCUGGAAAUAAAAAUAUAUACAAAAUUAA